AAGGCAAACGCUACAGCUUUAUGUCGAAUCUACAAUUCAUAAAACAUUACAUUUGCAUUUUAACAUCUCUGGUUAAUAGUUUGUAGCCACGGAAUUGCAUGUCAUGGAAGGAAGACAUGUACACUUUCUGGUCUGUCAAGAAAAGUCUAUCAGUCUCCGUGAAGCGGAGCAAGGAGAUCGCGCCUCAACGUCUAUGUAACUUUUUUCUGAUCUUUUGUUCCCGAGCAGGAGCCGGCACAACUGUUUGUCAAGAAUGCGUUGGUGAAUUAGUAGCACACUAAGACAUCUCCUCUCGACAACAGGUGUUUCAUAACGCAGGAGAGUCGUUCAGAGUUCAGCUGGCUGAGAGAGGACGGCCACCCGGGAGGAAACAAAAAUCCCGUCGAAGACUCGCAGGAUAAAGACAUGGCAACGCCCACCAUACGCCCCAGGACCAAGUACAUGGUCAAGUCAUUGACCACAGACCUGCCAGCCUCCGCUAAAGACCCAGAAGAAAACAAGUUCAGUCUCUCAGGAAGAAGCCAGUCAGUUAACCAGGAGAGACUUCUGCCAGCCUGCAGCCCAGACCCAGGUUCCCAGCCCCAGAGCAGCCCAGCUCCAGCCUUCCAGCCCCAGAGCAGCCCAGCUCCAGCCUUCCAGCCCCAGAGCAGCCCAGCUCCAGCCUUCCAGCCCCAGAGCAGCCCAGACCCAGGCUCCCAGCCCCAGAGCAGCCCAGCUCCAGCCUUCCAGCCCCAGAGCAGCCCAGACCCAGGCUCCCAGCCCCAGAGCAGCCCAGCUCCAGCCUUCCAGCCCCAGAGCAGCCCAGCUCCAGCCUUCCAGCCCCAGAGCAGCCCAGCUCCAGCCUUCCAGCCCCAGAGCAGCCCAGCUCCAGCCUUCCAGCCCCAGAGCAGCCCAGACCCAGGCUCCCAGCCCCAGAGCAGAGCCCCGAGCCCUGCUCUCACGGAGACGUCCACAGAGAGUGAUCAUCAGAAUAUUCCAGAAGAUCCCCGGCCCCCCGGUCCUGUUUAUCCUCCUCCACUCCGACCCAAGACUGUGCCUUCCUUUAAAAACACUUCCUCUGCUACAAUCGGGGACUGUGGUCAGCUUAAAAUGUCUAAUGAGCAGGAUAUGAAGCAGUCUUCAGAUGCGUGUGGUGUUCAGCAGUCUUCAGAUUCGUGUGGUGUUCAGCAGUCUUCAGAUGCGUGUGGUGUUCAGCAGUCUUCAGAUGCGUGUGGUGUUCAGCAGUCUUCAGAUGCGUGUGGUGCGAGGUCUCCGUCCCCACUUCCUCCUCUCCGUCCAGAGCUCCGCCCACCUCUUCCCCGGUCCUGCUCCACCCCUUCUCAGCUCCCGUACGAGAGAACUCUGCCACAGACGGAGUGUAGCCCUCAGACCAGGCCUCUUCGUCCUGCACAUCCACCCCCAGGCCCACACAAAGCAGAUUCCCUCGAUAGUACCUUUGAUGAAAUGAGGACCACAAGUGGGAUGCCCUCAGACACAAGCCACGGCAGGCCUCCACGUUCUCCCCGCCCCCCCCUUCCAGCCCUGCCCCCCUCCCCCUCGCUGCUCCGCCCCCCCCGUCCAGCCCUGCCCCCCUCCCCCUCGCUGCUCCGCCCCCCCCGUCCAGCCCUGCCCCCCUCCCCCUCGCUGUCCCGCCCCCCCCGUCCAGCCCUGCCCCCCUCCCCCUCGCUGUCCCGCUGCCCCUCAGUGUACGAAGCCCCGCCUCUUCUAACGGAGUCUCUACUGGAGGAUUCAGGAGGCUUCCUGUACCCUGCCAGACCAGCUCCUCCUGUUCCUAUUAGCACUGUGUCCAGCCCCGUCCAUGACCAGGCAGGCUAUGACUCCCCCAGCAAAACCCAGACCAGUAGAACCCAGACCAGUAGAACCCAGACCAGCAGAACCCAGACCAGCAGAACCCAGACCAGGACUGAGAAGCCUGCCAAUGCAAGAGGAAACUAUACGUCUGUGCGUCCUGUUAUUCCUCCACCACCUCUGUUCAAUCCCCCACCUCCACCUGCAAGCAGCAGACUGCUCCUUCAAUGUCCACCUGCCAUGGACCAGACCUACCAUACCGAGUCAGUGUACAGUGAGAUAGACGAUUCCCCCUACCUGCACGUUCUGUCUGAGGAGAACGACCUCCAGCCAUCCAGCAGUGUGUACAGGUCAACAAUAGGAUCGACGACACAACACUUGCAGUCACAGCCACGGUCCCGUUAUCAGAACAGAGGCGUCUCUCCUUGCCCUGCUGUGUCUGAGAACACGGAGGAUUUUGAAAGUCUUCUGAGAUGGAUGAGGACCAUGGGAAACAGGGAAAUCAUUCCUCCAUUGCUGUAUGGUGUCAGCAUAGAGCAGGAAAUAAGGGAAGUCAACCAGAGGGCUCUGCAUUUGAAGAAAGCCUUCCGCCUCUUCAACUACCUCCUGAUUAAACGCAGCGACGCCCUGCGCAGCCACAUCUCCGACCUCAACAGCCUUGCCGACUGCCUGGUCAAGGUCCAGAAGAAAACCCAAACCAUGGGCAUUGCCGGGGGCACCGUGGGGGCCGUGGGAGGGGUGACUGCCAUCGUGGGCAUCGCCCUGGCACCGAUGACCAUGGGCGCCUCCCUGAUCGCCACCGCUGUGGGGGCGGGCAUGGUGGUCUCCGCCGGCGGCAUGGGCGCCAAGGCAGCGCAGGCCAGCAGGAAGGGCAGCAUGGUGGACAGGGCGAGGGUGGAGAAGGUGGUGUGGCGCUACAAGGCUGACAUCACAGACAUGGAGCACUGCCUCUCCUUCAUCCUGGCCGGCGUGGAUGUGCUGAGGAGACACAACGUCACCAGGCUCCAGAGCGCCGGGGCAGAGCCUGAGGCUCUGAGGCUGGCCACACUGGCACACACUCUGACCCCUGGCAGCACGCACACCAGCGGGUCAUCCGACACUCUGUUCCAGAUGUUUAGAAAGGACAUGGACCAGUACUUUGUAGGGAAGGACGGCCAGAGGCUGAAGAGGGGUACUGAGACUACAUUUUCCUGCCAACUGCGCCUGUUUGCUCAUGGACUACAGGCACAGCUUGAUGAAAUGUGCAGUGUCUGGGAAAGAUUAACAUUUUUGGCCAGUGUAUGAAGGUCUGUGUGUGCAUGUGGGUGUACCUGUGUGUGUGUAUAGGAAUUCAUGUCUGCAAUUGUAUGUGCGACCAUGAAGUGUUAGAGGACAUGGAAAUACACUUUUUUAGCUCUGAUAAGAGAACUAGUAUCUGUUACAAGGUCGUUUAAAAUU